AUCCAUCUCACCAUGGACCCCGUCAAUGAAUAUUGUGGCCUCGAAGACUAUGGCCUGGUCGGUGAUAUGCACACCUGUGCCCUGGUCAGCAAGAAUGGCAGCGUCGACUCCAUGUGCUGGCCGGUCUUCGACUCGCCCUCCAUCUUUUGCCGCAUCCUCGACAAGCAGAAAGGCGGCCACUUUUCCAUUACUCCUCACAGGAGCUUGAAGAAUCCGCUGAGCAAGCAGCGCUAUCGUCCAUACACUAACAUGCUGGAGACUCGCUGGAUCCACGAAGAGGGAGUCGUGAACAUCUUGGAUUACUUUCCGAUCGCAAAGCCCAACCCCCACAUUUCGGAGAAGGGGCUGCCUGAGUGGUGUCGAUGCUAUCAGCCCAAGGUCCCUGGUCAGUACCAUGCCUGUCAUUCAGGCCUAGUGCGUAAGGCCGAAUGCGUGCGCGGACAGAUGGAGAUCGAAAUCGAGCUCUUCCCGGCAUUCAACUACGCUCGGGAUCCGCAUACGGCAUAUCCGUCCUUCUCCACUGCAGGGGAGGGCUUGCAGGUCUAUCACUUCCAGGCGGCAGCUCAGAAUCUACAGGUCACGAUUCUGGAAGAUAAGGGAGAUCUCCACACAGACCCCGGCGAUUUUAACAUCCAGUUGGAACUAUCCGAACGUGCCGGUCACCUGGGUCCGGGCUUGGUCGGAAAGGUCACCUUGAAAGAGGGGCAGUCCAUUACCCUGCUUCUACAUGAUCAAGAAUCCAUUACGUCCGAUGUACAACUGCUCGCCCCUUAUUUGCAGCAGAUUGAGCGGACAACCGGCGAUUUCUGGUCGGAUUGGAGCAGCAAAUGCACCUUUCGUGGCCAUUAUCGCGAGCAGGUAGAGCGCAGUUUGCUCGUGUUGAAAUUGCUGACCUACAAGCCCACGGGAGCGAUUGUCGCGGCGCCCACCUUUUCACUGCCUGAACAUAUCGGUGGCAGUCGCAACUGGGAUUACCGAUACUCAUGGGUGCGCGACGCUGCAUUCACCGUCUACGUGUUCUUGAAGAACGGCUACCCCGAAGAAGCCGAAUCGUACAUCAACUUCAUCUUCGAGCGCAUCUUUCCACCCCUGAAUAAAAAACCCAAGACUGGAGAUCCAUUCUUACCCAUCAUGGUAACAAUUCAUGGUGAGACUGACAUUCCCGAAAUGGAACUCGACCAUCUGGAGGGCUAUCGGGGAAGCCGACCGGUCCGCAUCGGAAAUGGCGCAGCAACGCAUAUCCAGCUGGACAUCUACGGAGAACUAAUGGACAGCAUUUACCUCUACAACAAACAUGCGGUGGGCAUCUCAUACGACCAGUGGCUGGCAAUCCGUCGCAUGAUUGACUUUGUGAUCCAAAUUCGCCAUCAGCCGGACCAGUCAAUCUGGGAAGUGCGCGGACCCCCACAGAACUUUGUCUACUCCAAGAUCAUGCUGUGGGUGGCACUCGACCGUGGCGUUCGGCUGGCGGAGAAAAGAUCUAAUCUGCCUUGUCCGGAGCGAGCACGAUGGGUGCAGGAACGCGAUGCCCUCUAUGACGAGAUCAUGACCAAGGGAUACAAUGCGGAGAAGGGGUUCUUCUGCAUGAGCUAUGAGAACCGGGAUGCAAUGGAUGCCGCCGUGCUGAUUGCGCCGUUGGUAUUUUUUAUCGUACCCAAUGACCCCCGACUGUUGAGUACCAUCCAGAAAAUUACCGACGUUCCCGCUCGGGGGGGAUUAAGCGUGGCCAAUAUGGUGUCGCGGUAUGAUACUGGAAAGGUCGAUGACGGCGUCGGAGGAAACGAAGGGGCUUUCCUCAUGGUGACCUUCUGGCUCGUCGAAGCCAUGAUGCGGGCUGCACGAUCCAAAUCAUAUCUCCCGCAUGAUCCAUUCUUCCAGCAACUGCGGAAGACAGCCACCUCGCAAUUUGAUAGUAUUCUCUCUUUUGCGAAUCAUCUGGGAAUGUUUUCUGAAGAGGUGGCAUCCUCCGGCGAGCAGAUCGGCAACAUGCCUCAGGCAUUUAGCCACCUCGCGUGUGUCAGCGCGGCAAUGAACCUGGGAGGUGGGGGAGACAGGUGAUUAAUAUCUGCACAGCUUCACCAUGCAAGGCAGUGUGAAUUUUAGCAUAUCAUGGAGAAGUGCCGGUAUGAAGAUUCAGAAUUUGUAAACCUGUA